GCAAUAGAUCACAGUUAGAUCUAAAUAGUUGCACAUUCGUUUUGUUUCAUCAACUGUUUUCUUCGCGUUUUGCAUAAAAUGUGAUAUUUAAAAAAGAAUUUAGAAAAAAUUACAAUUAAAAUAUUUUCCAGCCAUCCUCUUGUAAAAAUGGAAGAAUCAGAUCAGACUGUGCUUUUACCAAAUGUCGAAAAUGAAAUUGGCAGUUUUUAUCAUGACAUGCCUGAUGAAAAAUUGCUUCGUCAUAUCAAAGCAAUUUUCGACGAAGCUUCACUUCGACCAUCUUUGACUAAAAACGUGCCAUCCACAUCUUCACAAGUCACAGAGGAAUUGAAUAAAGUUGAAAUCAGAGAUCCAAAGCAUGAAAUGCAAGAUGAGCAAUAUCUUUCAAUAUUCGAAAAUCCGUCCGGAGUUCAGUACAACCAAGCUGAUGGCUCAUUUUCGUGGAAUAAUCGCUUCCAUAGUGACAACAGCGUCCAAUACAUAAACGUGUUGAACAACUAUGGUUGUGAAGGUGCUGAUACACUAUUAAAUCAGUCAGACAGUAGCGAUGAAACCGAUGAAAGUAUCGAAGAAAGACGGACCCCACGAGGAAACCGGCAGUCGCGUAGUAAUUUGACAUCGAAACCCUCUGCCAAAUAUUGGACAAAAAGAGGAGGAGAUCCAAUUGUUAAUUGCUCGUGCUCAAUAUGUGGAUCCAAAUUUUCAACCAUUCGCUGUCUUCUUGAUCAUCGUCAUCAAGAACAUUCACUGAAAGAUAUGAUGAUGUGUGGUCUCUGUGGAAAAGAGUUUUCGAAGCGAACACAUAUCUAUUUGCAUCUAAGUCAAGAAUACAAAGUAUAUCAUUGUGACGGUUGCAAUACAUCGUUUGCCAGCAAAUGGCACUUGGAAAAGCAUCGAUGUAAGGAAAAUGAAACAAUCGACGAUAAAAAACGAAGAAGAACGGGACGUGUAAAUGCGGAAGAAAUAAAAGUAAUAAAAGAAGAGAUUCAAGAUGAAGAAUUUGGUGGCGUUGUUUUGUCUAAUGAGAAUCAUGAAAAAUCAAAAGAAGACCGUUUCCAAUUCGCUUGUGUAUUAUGUGGAAAGAAAUAUCAACACUAUCAUUGGUUGCUCAAACAUAGAACCAAAUGCUUGGAAACAACGGACGAAAUUCAGGAAUUCAAGUGCAAUGUUUGCUACCGAAGAUACAAUUCGAGUUUUUGGUUCGAACGCCACAUGGAAAAGUGUAAUUCAUCUACUGCACUUCCUCCUGCGCUUUUAGAUCAAACCAUAAGCUGUCCAAACUGUCAUAAAAAAUAUCAAAAUGAAUAUUGGUUUGAUUAUCACAAGAAGCAUUGUCCAGACAUUACUCCAGCUCUUUCUGAUGUACAUUUGGAUGUCAACUCGUUGCGGGACAGACGACCACGUGAAGGAGAGAUCAGCGUGGUUCCAGAUGUCAAUUUAUUUGGUAUAGAACCUGAAAGAGAAGACGACAAUGACGAUGACGAAGAUGCUGAUGCUACCAUUUCAUCCUCAUCUUCUUCGACUGGGAAUUUGGUCAAUAUUCCGUGUUCCAUCUGUGGAAAGUUCUGUGUCGGUGUUGCAAGUCUUCUUCAUCAUCGGAAGCAAAUUCAUGGAUUGACUGCAAUGCUAACAUGUGGUGUGUGCACGAAAAAGUUCAAUACACUAAGUUCGAUUCGUCGUCAUAUGAGUAUGGAAUACUCAAUCUUCCGUUGCCAACAAUGUGGCCGAAACUGUAUCGAUCGAACCACUCUUGACCGUCACGAAUGCUUCAAGCCAUACAAGAUCCGAGAUAAGAGACUUUUCAAUAUUCAAAAUAUAUCAGUUCUCAAGUGCCCUGACUGCAGAGCAACUUUUGCAAAUUUGAAUGUUCUGUCUGAACAUCGCAAGACGUGUCAAUACGGCAACGUAUUUGAUAAUAUUCAACAACCGGGAAGUUCUUCUUUACGACAACAUCACAGGAGCGAUACAAAUGGAGCCGCGUUGCAGAGAAAAAUCACAUCCCGUGUUCGUCUAGAUUCGAAUACUCCAGAGAAAUGGACGUGCCGAGAUUGCCACGCCUCCUUUCAUAACCUGCAAGCGUUGUGCUCACAUCGACACGAAUCUCACGGAAAAGAAAUGUUUCAAUGCAACAACUGUUCUGAAACCCUUCCAAACUAUCGUGCUCUCCAUGAUCAUAAUAUGAUGGAACAAUAGAUCUACAAAUGAAACAACUACGAGAAGAUAUUCGGAAGAAGACAUCAAUUACGAUUACAUGGACAAUGUACAAAUAUUCGUCGUAGAAGAAAGUGAAAUUUUCAUUCCUAUUCAACCGCAUUUCUCGAGAAAGUAGAUAAUUCUUAAUACGAUGUUAUGUACUGCUCCCUUGUGCUUUAUUCUUUACUUUUCAGACAAUAAAAUUUUGAACGUUC